GGGAGGGUCUUGGCCAGGCAAGGUGCAAUGAGGCUAAAUUGUGUCAGAUGAGUGAGAGAGAGAGAGAACAGUUCAGUAAAACUCCAUCUUUAGAGAACUGGGUUUGCAGCAAAGUUGGACUCACUAGCUUUUUUUUUCUCACACUGUCGCCCCAUGUGCUUGGCUCUUGAGAUCUAUGGAUGCGACAGGUAGCCAUCGUCUCAUCACCUCUCCUCGCAUGGCACACGAUGGAGGGUCACUCCGGGUGGCUUCGCCGACUGUCUAUGCCUCGCUGGCUCAACUUGCUGGCGCCGCAGUGGGUUCGCGUGUCACCCUGCCAGUGCCGAGGCCAAGUUCUCCUCAUGCUAGUCCCAGGGGCCGGGUGGUGGUUAGCCCUGUACGAGGGCAGCUGGUGAGAGCGCACAGCCCUCAUUGGGUGCUGAGCCAACCUUCAAUGGCCAGUAUUGCCACAAGUGCUUUGAACAGUGGACGGUGUGGCCAACCUGCCCCGGUGGCAGGUGGCUUCGCGCCGCAAGUGCGGGUCAGCCCGGUGAGAUGGGUCGCAUCUCCCCGGACGUCACCUGUGCGAUGUGCCGCCGCACCAAAUCCAACCGGAACGAUCCUUCCGACCGUUGCGAGUCUACCAUCUCAGAUACUUCGCUCAACAGGCGUGCCCAGAGCACCUUCUCCUGUGAGUCCUGUCAGGGCAGCGGCCAUGCAGCAGAUGUAUGCACCCUUGGCCCGCAGAUCCCCACGCCACUCCCGAGCACAAGCACCACAAGCAGCUCCGCAGCCUCAAGCCGCUCAAGCCCAAGCGUUGCAAGCUGCCCCAGCUGUGCCAGCCGCUCCAGUUCCAGCCACAGCUCCGGCAACAGCUUCCACCGCACCAGCAUCGGCCGCUCCAGCUGUUUCGGCUCCACCUGCAGCCCCUUCACUUGCUCCCGUGUCAGCAGCUCCAGCUGCAGCCGCGCCUCCUGCAAUUUUUGUGGCACGCUGGCACCCACAAGUCUCAAUGCCGUUAGUUUCUCAGCCCAUUCUGAUGAUGGACAGGCGAUCCCCGUCACCGUUCACGAGGCUGAGUUAUCAGAUCUCGCGCAAUGCAAGUCCUGCACGACCAGCUGUGGCAAGUCCUCCCAAACAAGCUGCAGCUGGCACUCCCCAACAGGCUACCAUGCACAUGACACAGUCACAGCCCGGCGAUUCGCCCAUCUCCACGGCUACUGUUCUGCCAGUACCAUUGUCCACACCUGCUUUGAGUGACCGAACUACGAGCCCGGUGCCUGUGACGUAUCAGUUCAGACAGGGUGGCCAGCCUGUGGUGUUUGGUGGCCACGAAAGAGUUCGACCGCUCAAGGGUGACAAAUUGGCCGAAACAGCGCGGGCUUCCCUUUGGACCUAUCAGAAAGACACAUUCUUGAGCCAAAGCAUGGCUAAUCCUCAAACCGCUGUAGCCCAAGUAGAGGACAGUCCUCUGCCAGAUCCACUACUCACUGCACACGGCUCUCCGUGUGCAAUGGCGCGUACACCAGACCCACCAUCAUCACGGAAGCUGAGCUCAGUCCUGGAAUCUCAACCAAGCUUGGCUUCGACUUUUCUGGGCCGUGACAGCCCGCCGCAGUACACCUCGGCAAAGCUGCUUCGAACCUCUUCCAGCAAGCGCUCCCGAGGCAUGUCACCUGGCCCACCCUGUGUGGUGCGGCCACCUAGUCCCAAAGAUCCGAGUCACAAAUCAGUAAAUCAGCACGUUCUGCAAGACUUGCAAGCUGGCGGUGCAAAAGCAGGGGCGGCUAACGUUGUACUAGCACUGUUUGAGCUAUUUUGCACUGCCCUUGCAGACGCGACCAUCAUUGAGCAAGUCUGUGGACAGCUGACCAGCCAGAAGGGCAAGGACGAGUUGCGUUGGGAUGAUUUAGUUGUCCUGCGUCCAUUGCAGACGCUAGCGCAAAGAAUUGCAUCUUUGCUGCCUGGCUCCGGGCAACUGAAGGAUGAAGCGUUUUGGCAAAUUCUUGGAAAUGAAGAGGCCUACAUGCCAUGGUGGAAGGCGCUGAUGGCGCGCUAUGGCCUUCAUUGCUCCGGGGAUUCGCUGGCGAAUCUCCAGCUGCUGGAUUUGAUCACAUUGGCCUGUCGCCUUCUUCGGGACUCCUUCGCUCCAGACUCCUAUCUCAGAAACCUUCGCACGGUUCGACUGGGGGCACAUCGUCUUGGAGAACGUUACGAAGACUUUCAGCUCCUCUCUUCCCAUCGCCUGGGACGGAGCUACCGCUGCCGGGGCCGACUCAGCUUCGAGGAUCGUUUGUGCUCUCAAUUUCGGAAAGACCGAUUCGCCUGCCCAUCAGACCAGGUCCGCUCUGAGGCUGAAACGCUGCGCUCAAUGCAGCAUCCCAAUUUGCAUCGUGUGGUGGAGAGCUUUGAGGACUUCAACAGCAUUUACAUCAUCUCUGAGUUGGUAGACAGCAUCCGCUUGCUCGCUUUUGUGCGGAGCCGCUUUGACUCCCACAUCGAGAUGGCUGAGGGUUGGCUCUCACAGGUGCUGCGACAAGUAUUGGAGGCACUUAGCUUUUGCCACCAGCUGACGCCGCGAUGCGUGGUGCAUGGCGACCUGGGAAUGGAUAGCAUUGGCCUCGCCUCCAUUUCAGAUCCAGCAACAUCGCCACACGUCAUCAUUUCAGAUUUGGCAUUGGCAGGAUUUCUGCGACCACCUGGUAACAAGGUCACGCCGCCACAGCGUGAGGAGACCUCAUUUUGGCGAUUUUUUCCAAGCGACUACCUGGCUGACUUGGAGUGUUGCAGCCCCAAGCAGGAUGUGUGGGCUUGUGGUUGUUUGCUGUAUAUUCUCCUCAGCGGUUACAUGCCAAUCAGUACUAAUGACAUCUCCUUCGGCGGGCCUUUUCAACCUCCCGCCAAAGCAGUGGUUUAUGACAUAGAAUGGUCAAACUUGCGGCAUGCUUCCGCUCAAGCAGAAGCAUUGUGUUCGCGAAUGCUUGAAAGCAAUCCCGCCCAACGUCCAACAGCAGAGGAGUGCUUGUGCUAUCCGUGGUUGCAGCCUGGAGCUGCCGCGUUCUUGAAUCACAAGGUGCCUUUAUCUGUCUUGGACCGUCUGGUGAAGUAUGACAGCCGGAUUUGGGGAAGCAAGGAGCUGGUGAGCCAGGUGAUGAAUGAGCUCAGUUCCAAGUCAGUCUCUUCAGCAAGCAGGGUGUUUGCGGAGGCAACGUUGCCUGAGCACUUUGAUGGCACCUUGGACUCUAUAGACAAGGUUGCAAUGACGCCCGUGGGAGGGGUGGCGCCUCUUCUCCAGCUGGGUCUCUCUGUACAAAGUGUUGAGAAGAUCAUGCAGGUGUUUGAUGUAGAUGGACAGGGCACAGUCGCGCAUGGCUACUUCAUCCGGCGCUGCAUGGAGCUGGCUGAAGAUCAUGUGGACCGUGCUUUGUGGCACAUUUUCAUUGCCGCCAAAGAGGACCACCGUGGAGUGCUGGGCGCCGCCAAGCUGGAGCAGGUCCUUGAUAGUGGCGCUAUGAAGAGCCAAGGAUGCCAGGACAGCGACAUGGAAGGUGCAGAAGAGGGAGGGGAACGGGCUGAAAGCGGUUGGAAUGGUCUCCAUGUUUGGAUUUGUCCUUUGAGUUUCGUCCAAGGCAGUGCCCCACAAUACAUUAGAGCUGCUAUGGACCCUGAGCUGACUGCGAGUGAGGCUGUUCGACAAAUUGCGCAAGGAGGAAACGAAGUGACAUUUGAGGCAUUGAAAGAGUUUGUCAUGCAGCGCCAUGAUGCGGCAUGUGCAACGGCUGCCAAAGGCCUGGGGCUGAUAUGAGGUGGGCAUGGAGGUGUCGCAGAGCAAGCACAGGCACAAGUUCCUGGUGCGGCGGGCCUUUGAAGGCAUAACCGUGCCUUCUGACUGAACUUGAUCCUUGACGCAGCUGUCUGAUGGCAUGUGCACUAGACUUUUUGUUUGGCUAGUUUGGGUUGGC